AUGCAUUCCAACAGUGGAAAAUGCCGAUUGGAGUUCGCUCAUGAAUGGGCGACAAACGACGUCUGGAAUCACGGGUGCAAUUAUCUAGACCAGAAACUGUCUAGUGAAGGGGAUAUGUCGAAUGUCAACGAGGAUGUGAUGUCCGAAUCCGCGAGCGAGACCUUGGUGAAAUCCGAGGGCGACACAUCUGGAAACGGUUCCUUCACUGGCCAGACCUCCCAGGACGAGCUGACUGAGGACAAAUUGCCCCGAAAGAAGAAAAGCUCAGUCAACAAAGUCUCGACACAGCUUGUGCUAGCCAUAUAUGUAAGGGAGACGACUGCAAGCAACGCAUCUGAGGAUGAAAUUGAAACGGCAAAACAUACCGGCCUUAAAUCCAAAUCACGUCGCCGGAAGAUUGAAAAACCAGAGAAGGAGCAAAAAGAACACAAGAAGCAGAUGAAGCAGAAGAAAGCCGAAAGCAAGCAGUACGAGGAGGAGAAGAGUACCCCAGCGAGGAAGAUGGGAACUAGAGAAGAGGAACCUGAAGAACGACAGUUCGAAGAGCACGAAUCCAAGGAGAAAGCCGAAGAGAUGAAGCUUGCAAAGAAGCAGAAGAAGCACAGAAAACUCGAGGCGAAGCUGAGGGAAGAAUCAUGCCGAAAAGAUUCUGCGGCCCUAUCAAGUCGGAAGCGGAAGGCCGACAAUGAAGAUGAAGUUACCACGACUUCAACUACGGCAACAGAAGAAACAGCAUAG